AUGCCCCCACGCAACAAGUCGACACGCCAAUCAAAGGCACGCAAUGUAGCCAAUGAAGGCCUGGAAGGAUCACCCCUACCGCCUGCUACAGCCGCCGCCCAGGCUACAUCGCCUGAGCUCGAAAGUCUAGAGACCCGCCCAUCGACGCCAAUCUCCCUCACCCGAACCUAUGCGCAAGCUGUCGCGUCCCCGCCCAGCCCAUGCCUCGCAAGCGCGUCGCCUCCCAGCCCACCCGUCGCUGUCGCGGAGUCCCCGCUCAGCCCGUCCCUCGCCGAUGUGUCCCACCUCAGCCAACGCCAGGGCGGGGGAGAAAUUCCCCCGACACCGAGAAGCACCUCGCUGGCCGUUCCUGCCGCUGGGAGCCUCGCCGCCGUGUCGGUCGACAGCCAUGAGCUCACAAAGCCCGGGCGGUCUCAGGGCUGUGUAGAGGCAAUGUCCACUGACACCCGACCUCAAAUCUUUGCUCACGCCCUCGGGGCCAAGGCAAAGACAACGGCACGCACGCACCAAGCGUCCGCUGUUGAGCUUUCGGCCAUAGUCGCCGAAGCCGCAACGCCCACACUCGUAACCACUGGAGAUGUCGGCGCCAAGUUGCUCGACGACUUUCCCCCCCUGCCUCUGCUGCCGAGCUCUAUCCCGACCACAAAACCACCCUCCACGAGAACAGCGCCUCCCGCGCCAGGACCUCGUCGAGACAAGGGUAAAGCAAGAGGGCCUGCGGGUCCGCCUAGCCCCACGACCACCCCUGCCAAACGAGCACCUCCGUCCCCAAUCCCAGCGGACCGCGGUUUGGCGCAGCACGAUGGAGCAUCGCCCUUCAAUGUCACACGACAUGUCGAACAGACUUUUGGAGGAUGGCCGCAAACGGCGUGGACUCCUGCCCAACCACCGCACACCUCCACCGCUCAAAGGGGAAACGACGAGCUCCCCACCCGAGAGCCGAAGCGAGUCCGCCGUUUCCCACCUCCCUUCUAUGCGCAAGACGACUUCACUCCUGUCUCGAAGGAUCUCGAGCGGACGCGCCCCAUUUUUGAGGAGCCCGCCUUCUUGCCGUGGAUGACCACCCCUGCCAAUAAUAACACGAGUCCGCCGCACCCAGGCGAUGACUCCGUGCAACGUGCAUAUGCGGAAGGCCUGCUCGCCGGGCGCCAGCAGAACACGAGCUUUGGUGACUCAGAGCUGCCUGACCUUGUCCCUAUCUCUGACGACGAGGACAACAACGACAACUUUCCCUCUGCCCAGCCGACCGGCCGACCGGAGGCCGCUACAGCUCAGCAACCGAGUUCUCGGUUGCCACACUGGACGCCAACGAGUGGUCCGACGAACGCUGCACUCCCCGAGACUCGAGGAGAGCGAAGGCCACGCCAAAUGCCCGAGCUCUACCCGACUGUGCUCCGUGACGUGACAAACACACAGCAGUCCGCGACGAGCUCAUCCAACCACACCCACGCCGCGCCCCCCGUACGGGCCUACUACUCGGCGCGUCCGGGCGAUCUGUUAGCCCGCAAACCUCCUAACACGGCCUGGGAAUCACGGAGCAGCCAUCCACCCCCCGCGCCUUCCAGCAACGUACCACUCUCGUGGGGCAUGCCUCACGCAGCUGAGUCGAACGGGAGACAACGAUCCUAUGCCCACCGUCCACCAACUCCCUACCCCGCCGUCCCUGGAAGUAGCCGGCACACCGCCGAGUACGACGAGCCGCCAUGGCUACGCAGCCCAACUCGGCAGAGCGGCCAACCCGGCGCCGCGGAGAUCGUCCCAUCGUCACUAGACUACGCGGAACCGGCUGGCAACGUCCCUCCGAACCAUGGCCGGACCUACAUCGCUCGCCUCGCGACGACGGAGCCCUACGCCCCGCAGCCCCUCAGCUUCACACCGAGGCCAGAGGAAGGGUGGGAGACAAUCCAUCGCAACGACCCUGAAGAGCUCAUCGCAGGCAUGUGUCCGGAGCGCCUCCGAAAGCUCUGGGAAGAAGAAGCGGCGCGUACUGUGCUAGUUGAGUUCUUCAACAUUCGCUACCCCGCCCCGCAUCAAGUCCGGAAGAUGACGGAGACCCUCACGACCAUCAUCCGCGAGGCCACCCACGAGACGGCCUUCAAGAUCAUACCUCCGGAGCCUGCCUGGAAUGCCGACGGCUCUCGACGUGGCGAGCCCUCCGCCUGGGCAGUGGUCCGCCUGACAGAGAGUGGCGCACAACAGCUUAUCGAGCGACGUGUCCUCUCAACACCGAUAGGAACUGUCUUCACGAACGCGCGUGCUCCGCAGAUUCCGUCGUACCUCUUCACCCUUGGAGGGUUCGCACACGACGAGGAUGGAGAUAUCAUCCACACGGUUUGGGAGACCUUCAAUGGCCCCCAGAUCCUGCCGGCAAUCAUCCGUCUCGUCCGAGGCAAUCCAGCAUUCGCCAAUCUGUCGCCGGAAGAAGCAGCGGGGAUCAUUCUCUCUUCACUCGAGGUGCAGGUGUCGACACUCGACAAUGGAAACCUUGUGGCGGCUGUCUUCUGCGACUCACCCACCGCGUCCAUGUCCCUCUGGCGUCAAUGGCGCGACGAGAUGCUCAGUAUACGUUUCCAGAGCCUCUUCAACUCAACGGCCACUCCGCGACGCCUGACCCGGUGCGUGGGCUGCCACAGCGCCUCGCAUCUCACCCAUCUCUGCCCUUUCCCCUCCGUGCCUGGCUGGAACGCACCGCCCGCAGUCGUGCACGAGCAACCGAACCCGAGACCCACCUCGGACCGAGGAUUUCCCCAAGGAGAUCCUGCAGCGCCCUCUCUGUUCGGCCGAGGGGCGCGCGGUCGUGGCGGUGGUGCCAACAGCCGUGGAGCCCCGCGCCGCCGGUUUGGUGAUAGGCGUGGACCGCGAGAUGAGCAGGACCGUUAUCGCGAGAAGGACGGGUUUGAUCGUGACUAG